CCAAAACCCCAAUUCGAGUGAAGGAAGGGAGUCAACGGAGAUGCCUCGAUGUGAGGGAAAACAGAUCCAGCAAGAGCCAGAGCAGGCACUUGUACGUCAUCACGUCGAGGAGAAAACGGUGACGAUGACGAGAGGAGAAAUGCAAAAGAUGAUAACAGAAGAAGUGGCAGCUCAACUGAAGCACGCCCAGGUCGAGCGGCCCAGGGUCGAGCGGCCCAGGGUCGAGCAGCCCAGGGUCGAACAGCCCCGGUCGAGCCUAAUGUCGAGCGAGCACCAGGCCCAGUCCAAUGAGAGGCCGAACAGGUUGGCGGAAGAGGAGGCAUCCUCCAUCAGGACUGUUAACCCGCAAGCGAGAGAUGAGACAUUGGAGCAGUUGAAUUCUUUGGCAAAGCGCCCAGGAAGAACGUUCGAUGAAGUACUGAGAAGAUGUGCGAAAUAUAUAAAUGUCGAGGAGGCAGAAGCCGACUUCUUGCAUAUGGCUAGAGUAAUCAAAACUGACUCUCGGGACGAGAGGAGGGAGAGGAAGAGCUCCUCGACUGGGGAGAGAAAGAGGUCCCCACGAGCUGAAAAAAAGGGACGACCUCGGAGUUGGAGGCCUACCCAGUACACCCCUCUGGCGGUCCCCCAAGCCAGGAUUCUCGAGGUCAUGGAAAGGGAGAUUCGUGACGAUGUGGUGAGAUGGUCUAAGACGAGGAAUGACGGACCAACAAAACCUAAAAGCAACCUAUAUUCAAAAGCCCUCGUAAGAGGGCGAUCGGAGGAGUUUCCCCCGAAAAGGGGAGUGAUUCAUAUGAUUUUUGGUGGGCCGACCGAUGGAGACUCAAAUCGAGCAAGGAAAGCGUAUGCCCGAGGGAGAUACCACAAGGUCGAGGUGCAACAAGUCAAUGAGGAAGGCCCAGUGAUGAAUUUUGGGCCAGCAGAUGUGGGAGAGGUCGAGAGGCCUCACAAUGAUGCCUUGAUGAUAACCGUCCAAGUAUCGGGUUGUGAAGUACAGAGAAUCUUUGUCGACACAGGGAGUUCGAUAAAUGUGAUCUUUUAUGACUGUCUCAAAUGGAUGGAACUCGACCUUGAGCUUACGCCUCUACACACAUCACUCUUUGGGUUCAAUGGAUCGAAAGUCGCUCCCCUAGGAGAAACCACACUCGUUGUCGUCUUGGGGGAAGACGACUUGAAGAAAGUAAAGAUGGUGCGGUUCGUUGUAGUCGACGUCGAGUCUACUUAUAAUGUGAUUCUUGGUAGACCGGGACUCAACGCAUUCCAGGCAGUGGUGUCGACCUACCAUAUGAAGCUAAAGUUCCUUGUUGGGGAUAGU